AUGUCUUGUAUUAUAAAUCAAGAAAUUCAAAAGUUUUACUGGCCAACACACUCAUCCAAGUCCGCUGAUGUCUCGAGCAAACACUGUGCUGCACUGACGCCGUGCUCGGGAUUCUCGACCAGUGCAUCUACCGCCACAUCUAUACCGUUGCAGCUGCAAAUGUGUUUAUCAUCCGUUGGAGCUGAUCAAGUCUAUUGCAACUAUUCUACACCAUUGAAUCUAGGUUUUAUGGGUUCUACGAAUAUUAACCGUGCUACAAUUGAGCACCAGAAGCGCUUUUGCACCCCACCUUCUGCUUUGAUAACAGAUUAUGGGCUUCUCCAAGAUAUUGUGCCCUCAACUGUGAGAAUAGAAGAGUAA